CUGGGUCCGCGGGUUCGAAUCCCGGCGCUGCCCGGUGAGGACGGCGCGGGGGGGGGGGGCGGGGGGGGGGUCGCGGCUCACCCCCCCGUGCCGCUGCAGGGGGGACGCGGGGGAGGCGACAAUGUCCACCCCCUUCUCCAACACCACCCUGGGGCUGCCCCCCGGCUUCAGGAGCCUGCUGGAAGGGCUGGCGCUGGAGGUGCUGCAGGCGCAGCCCACCGACGGCGUGGUGCCCUUUGCUGCUCAGCACUUCCAAACGCUGCUGGAGCAAAGAGAGCGGGGCUCGGUUGACCCAGCGGCGUGGGGAGCCUGGCUGGAGGACGAGCUUCUCACCCAGCCCCCUUCCAAAGAGCCGGAGGAGGACGAGGAGAAACAGGACAAGGAUGAGGAGGAGGCAGAAGAACAGGCAGGCAGCGCUGCAUCCACACAGACGGAGGGAGCCUGCACAAAACUGGACGAGGAUAUCCUGGACAUCCCCUUGGACGAUCCCGACGCCAACGCGGCGGCCGCCAAGAUCCAGGCUAGUUUCCGCGGCCAUAUGACCCGCAAGAAGAUCAAAGGGGGGGAGAUCGAUCGGAAAACCAAGGACGCCGAGUGCGCCAACAGCACCCGCGGCGGCGACCUCCGCAACGGCGACUAGGGGCCGCCAGGCGCUCCUUGGACCUCCCUUGCCGUCAAGCCCCCGCCGAGUGCCCUGGACCCCCCAGCUUCGCCCCGCUGCCCCCGCAUGCGCCUCCCGGGGCCCCCCCGCAGCCGGGCCCUGCCCCCGCCCCCGGCUGCCCCCCCCCCUCCCGGCCCCCCCCCCGCCCCAAUAAACGUCCCAGCCAGAGGCCCGGCCUGUCCUUGGCGCCUUUUGAUGUCACCCAGCGGAGCGGUGAGGUCACAGCGGUGGGGAGGUUGGGGGGGGGGGGGGUGUGUGUGAUCCCCCCCCGCAGUGACGUCACGCGUGCGUUGGGUGGCUGGCAUGACAUCACACCAGCAUGAGUGAUGCCGCAUGGGGGGGGGGGGGGGGGUGGGAGGCGGCCCGCGUUGGGCGCUGUGACGUCACUGCUGGCUGUGCAACAGCCGCUGUGACGUCAUACUGGCGUGUAGAGAUGGGGGGGGGGGGGGGGGGAAGGGGGGUGUGAUGUCAUACAGGCGCGCGCCGCGUCACCUCCGACAGGGCGACGGCGAGGGUGGCAGCGCGUGGGCGCGUACGGCGUCACGGGUGGAACAUGUGACAUCAGACGGACACGAGCCCGGCGCUGGGGUCCCUCACGCUCGUCGCGACAUCCCCCCACACCCCCCCACACCCCCCCCCCGUGGGGUGUGCUGUGACGUCACACGGACCCUGUGACACCACCAGGAGGGACGUGGGCCCCACCCUGCCCUAAAUCCCCAUAAAGUCACCCAAAACCGCAGUGCCGGACAGCACGGCCAGCUUUUAAUCAGAAAACCCCUAAAAAAAGUGGUUGGCCCCCCCCCCACCCCGUCACUCUCCUGGCUUUUAAUGCUCUUUUACGAAGAAGCCCCCAUUUCAACUGAGAUACAGAUAUAUAGAUAGAUAGAUAUAAAAAAAAAAAAAAAAAAAAAAAAGAGGACCCCGGGUGGGACCGGGACUAUUUCGGGGUGUUAUAUUUAUGGGGAGACCCGGUCCCCCCAAACCCAGGGAGCCCCCCCAGACCCAGGGAACCUCACGCACCCAUUAAACAACCCCAUGAUGAGUCCA